AAAAGUUUAAGGCAGCAUUUAUAAUGUGAUCAUUACGAAACAACAAUGCUGUGACAAACCAAAACCUAUGAUUUGUUUGCGCUGUUUGAAAUCCUCGAGAAUUUUUUUUGCACCUCAAACGAGAUAAAUAUAUAUUUGAGCGUAAAAGAAAGAGACAAACCUUGCACCAACUGCAAUCUACAAUCUACACGUUCAACAAACGUCGAAUUUCUCUAAAAUUUAUUCUAUUUGAUUAUUUCGUUUUCACUUGUCCUGGUUUGACCGAGUAGAGUUUCGGGACGCUAUUUAUUGAUAAUUCUUUACAGAUAAUCAAGAUAACAAACGUAGAUAAUUGCAGUGUUUCGCGGUGUCUGGCGGUGUCGCUUGUCGUUUGUUAGCGUUUGUAGUUUCACGUGGAAAAAAACCGGCGAAUUACUAUGAUUAAUUGAUUAUGUGGACAGCAUAAAUACAUAUAAAUGUAUAAUUUUUACAAGUAGAUCAUAUUGAAAAUUAGAAACAGCCAUCAAUUUAAUUAAAAUGAGUAAAACACCAGUUUCUAUUCUUCAAGAGAUGAUGGUAAAACAGGGUAUGAUACCUGACUAUGAUUUGAUACAUGAUGGUGGAGGUCGUCAUGUAAAUACUUUUACAUAUCGAGUUUCAUGCGAUGGUCUCAAUGCAACUGGUACAGGCCGUUGCAAAAAAGAUGCAAAACACGAAGCUGCUAAAGCUAUGUUGACAGAGAUUGCUAAGCAUAGAAACUAUCCCCAGCUGCCAGCUGCUAAUACACCAACAGUGUCUCCAUCCAGAUCACCGUUUCAUUCUGCUCCUCUUCCACCAAGGUUACCUUCAAAUGUACCUUUUUUUAAUGCUGUUGGCGAAUUGCAGGAACUUUGCGCUAUUAAUAAUUUACAAGAGCCAGAAUAUCUUCUCAUCAAGGAUAUUGGACCACCACAUGCUAGAAUCUUCACUCUUCGAUGUAAAAUAUCUAAUUUUGAGGAAGAUGGAACGGCAACUACAAAAAAACAAGCAAAACAUGAUGCUGCAAAAAAAAUGGUUGACCGAAUUAAAGGUUUGGUUAAUAAUUCAAAUGACUACAGAGAGAGAAGUGAAGAGGAAUCUAUUUCAAACUCAUCUAUUAAAAGUAUUGAUACAGAACUAAUGAAUAAAAAUGCGGAAGAACGGUACUGUGCAUUGACCAAAACAACGAGAAAAAUUAAUUUAGGUUUAAAAUUAGCUGAUUAUCACAAUUACUUUAGUAAUUCUUUAGAAACAGAUAAACGCAAUAUAUUUUUAGAACAAUUAGAGUGUAUGUUCCCAAACGAAUGUUUUGAAAAGCAGUACAUUAGUGAAGAGUCCUUGAUGCAAAAAAUAUCUGAAUUAGAGACUCUUCUAUCAGAGAUUGAUGUAACAAUUAAUAUGAAAGAAAUAGCUACAGAUAAUAAUUGUUUCAUAGGUGCAAUAGAAUUAAAUACUUGUCCUCUUAUCACACAGAUUGGUAUGGGAAAUGAUAAAUUUGGCGCUUUUUGGAAAGCGUUAGCUCAAGUAAUAGUAUCUCUAAAAUUACUUUUAUCGUAAAAUAACAUUAAAGUACAAACUAAAUUUUUUUUAAAUUUACAAUGAUAUUGGUUAUGCUGAAAUUUGUUUUUUUAAUUUGAGGUACAUUUUUGGGGAUUUUAAAAAAUUAAAAAUUGAUUUAUACAAAUGAUACUUAGUUUGUUUAUUAUAUAAAAUAUUAAAUUUUCUUUAAGUUUAUUAUAUAGAAAAUAAUUUUGUAUAAAAAAUUUUUUGUUUUGUUCUAUUACAUAAAGAUGGAAAAUAAUAUUUUUAUAAA